ACUUGCUGUUUGCGGUGCUUGCCUUGCUCCCUAGGCACGACUUCCUGGCGCUCUACUCGCUUGCACGAGGCCCCUACCUCUCGUGCCUACCCGUGUCUGCGCAUAAAAGGACCGUCUUCAUCGCUGGGUGACCCUACACUCUGCCGAUAAGAUUGCAAGAUGGGGAUGUUCUCUACGCUCCUGCGCUCUCUCUGGGAUCGCCUUUGUGGCGGCCAGCCCGAACCCGAGCCUCAGCAACGUCCGGCCCAACAGUACCAGCAGGGUCCGCCAGUAACGCGGCCGAGGCCGCAGCAGCCGUACGAAGCACCGCAGCCGCAGCCUCAGCCGCAAUACCCUCCCGCUCAACCGAAGCCGCAGCCUGCUCGCCACACAUCCCCCCCGGGGCCCCACAAGAACCUGAACUAUGAGAACCAGCAAGACUCCGAGUACCAGAGCCUGCGCGCACGCGCGAAAGAAGAGGGCUCGAAGAUGGCGCAGUGCUACGAAGAGAGCCACACGGCGUACGCGAGCGGCGACGGCGCGCGUGCUAAGGAGCUGUCCAACGAAGGCAAGGCGCACAAGGCGCAGAUGGAACGUCUGAAUGCGCAGGCGAGCGAGUGGAUCUUUAGUAAAAACAACGAGGAUAGCGCACCGGGAGAAGUCGACCUUCAUGGCCUGUAUGUGAAGGAGGCCAUCACCUACUCGGAGCGCGCCAUCCAAGACGCGCGUGGCCGAGGAAAUGCAAAGGUCAACCUCAUCGUUGGUAAAGGCUUGCAUUCGCCGCACGGUGUCGCUAAGCUCAAACCCGCGAUUGGAGAACUCAUGCAGAGGCAAGGACUGGUGGCCGAGCUGGACCCGGACAACGCUGGCGUCCUCAUUGUCAACCUUGAUGGCCGCCCAACUGGCGCAGGCCCUGUUCUCGGUGUUGACGACAUCGCUCGGCGCCUCGAAGACAAAGACAACGGUUGUACGAUCAUGUAAACACUUCAUGCGAUGUGUUGUACGCGCUCAAGCUUGGUGGUGUAUUGGUACGACUCUGCAUGUUGUUGUGUGUUUGGACGAAUUUGCCUUGAAGGCUGUCGAAGGUCGCUGUAUGAUUAUAUGUAUGUAUUCUUGUGCCGCUACUGUUUUCCUACGGAUGCAAAAUGUGCAGGAGUCUUUCAUUCACCCCGUCCGUUCCUGAUGGCACG